AUGACAAACCCAUCCGAACAAGCUUUCAUAUCACACAGUACAGCUGAUUGGCCUUUAGAUUUCAGUUCCUCCACCGGAAAAACAAUCAGUGUACAGGCUUCGACGAGACCUAAUCUGCCAGAGUUCAAUGACAAUGAAUCAUCAGGAAAGGCAUCUGAGUUCGGUUCACCUAAUGCGCCCAUUCUAUCAACACCGAGCGAACAGUUUACGACAGAGCUUUAUGAAAUAGAGCUCAGAGGACAACGCUUCGUAUGCAUAGAAAUGGGUGGGGAACAGCGACUUUGUCUUGCACAGAUCUCUUCUACGUUGCUGAAAGAGUACACAUACAACGAGAUUCACAAUCGCCGCGUUGCACUUGGAAUCGUCUGUGUGCAGUGCUCCCCCGCACAGCUCGAGGCACUCCGCGAAUCGGGCGCAAUGCCACCAUCCUCCAGGAGAUGCGGAACCAUCACACUACGUGAGGCCGAACGACUGAUUAAGUCUUUUCUGGACGAACCGGAACACCCAAAAUUGCCGGACAACUAUGUAUUUGACGUAGUGCACCAUUGUGGAUGGGGAUGCUAUGGUCAGUUUGUACCGGCACGAUAUAACAGUUCACGGGCGAAAUGCGUACGCUGUAACGCCUGCCAGACGUACUUUUCUCCGAACAAGUUCAUCUUCCACAGCCAUCCACCUCAAUCCCCGCAAGCCCUAGACAGUGCCAAAUAUCGCCACCCAGAUGCGGCUAACUUCAACGCUUGGAGGCGUCAUCUAUUCCUUUCACAACACUCCGCUGAACUGAAUCUGGUACAUGCGUGGGAGGAUGUGAAAGCAAUGUUCAAUGGAGGUAACCGAAAACGGAGUUUACAAACAUCAAACGGCGAUGAUAAUCUAAAUGACGGGUGCCUCACUCAGGAUAGCUUGGCAAGCUUUCAGAUCUCCAUUUUAAGAAAUGACAUCCGGCAGAGCGUACCCAGUUCUGAAAAGAAAAAUUGUGUGGACUUCGUGAAACAUGAAUAUGUUUCAAAAGUUUUUGGUCCUAAAAACUGUAGAAACAAAAAUCCCAGAUCAGCUGUGGGAAUUGAUAAUCAGGCUCAACUGGUUCAGGAAGGAUUCAUGUUCCCCCGCAAGCAGUCACGGCAAGACAUUAAUCAAAUUACCUCAGAUAUACAGACUGCUGUUCACAGUACAUCAACACCUCUACCAAUGGUUUGUUAUGAUGACUUUCAAACCAAUCCACCAUCACAACCCUGCAACGGUCUUUUCCGAGGAACUUCAGGAAAUAAGACCUCACUUUUUUCAGGUCAAUUCAGUUCACCGAGAGAAAGUUCGCACCAGUUUGAGAUGUGGUCAUCCUUGCUUGAAAACCAGCCUCCAAAACGCCAUUUCCUGCCACAUUCUGAUAAAGGCUGGGUUACUUUAUCACCCACAGGAAGGGAAGAGUCCAGAAAAGUGCAAAAGUCAGAAGAUCGGCAUUCCUGUGGAGAUAUAGUUGAUUCAGAGUACCCAUGGACAAUGAAUUUUGCUUUACGUUUUGUCGAUUCUCUAAGGAAAACCCUUUCCGUAACAGAUGAGCCAAGAAACUUUUGUGAUCCAACUAAUGAACAGACGUCACGCCAGAUUUUAGAAUUUUCCGAAGCACAUUGUAACCACAGAAUUGGUGAACGCAAACCCAUCGCACCGGCGUCAAACAACCAAGAUGCGUCGCACCGUAGUUCUGUAGCCAGUGUGCGCGGGACUUUGGUUGAACCUGCGCCAUGGCAAUAUCCCAGCCCACAUAUAAACAUGGCACUUACAACUAACAACACACUCAUGUCACAUCGGCUGUCGCGUGGUCUCAUCAGAAGGGUCGCAUUAUUUGCUGCAUACAGCAGAGCGGAUGAGAGAAAAUCAGACUAA